AUGAGGAAAGACAGUUCUAAUAGGACAUUUGUAAUCGCAAUAUUCCCAUGUGGUAAGUAGCCUUCUAUUUAGUGUUUAUUGUUUCAACACAGGUACUUCAAUUUUUUUCAUUUUGAUUUUCAAAUUUUACAGCUAGCUUUGAACAUAUUUUAUGACUUAUACAUUAUCAAUGUAUCAUUAAAAAUUAUUGACAUUAGAACUAUAUAUUAUACCCCACAAUUUUAUCUUUAAUUCUUUACAUACAUUCUUAUUUCCCCAGGUGUUACUAUAAAAAUAUAUGUUGCAGUGAAAAGCUUGAAUAUAGAGUUUGAAAUUGACAAGAACCUGCAAAAUAAAACUUUGGGUCUAUUAGGGAAUUUCAACCUGGAAAAAUCAGAUGAAUUUACCCUUCCUAAUGGAGUUAUCCUG